CGAAUGUCAAACUUCGGCCUUCAUCUUCGGAUGGGCGUGUUUAGAUUUGUACGAGUUCACUUCUGCGGAUGCCACCGUGUGAUUUUUCCUGCGGAAUCCAAACAUGUCGACGAUUAAUUUGCCACUGAAUUUAACCGUUCGCGUGCAUCCGGUAGUGUUGUUCCAGAUUGUGGACGCCUACGAACGACGAAAUGCCGACUCGGAACGUGUUAUCGGGACGCUGCUCGGUUCCGUGGACAAGGGUGUUGUCGAAGUGACCAACUGCUUCUGUUUGCCGCACAAGGAACACUCCGACCAGGUGGAGGCUGAGCUGGGCUAUGCGAUCGAUCUGUACGAAUCGAACCAGCGUGUCAAUGCGUCGGAAAACAUUGUCGGUUGGUGGGCAUCGGGUCAUGAAGUUACAAAUCACAGCUCCGUCAUCCAUGAGUACUACGCGCGAGAGUGUGCGAAUCCGGUCCAUUUAACGCUCGACACCUCCCUGACCGGAGCGAGAAUGGGCAUCAAGGCGUACGUGUGCGUGUCGCUCGGUGUUCCCGGCGGCAAGAGCGGCUGUAUGUUUACGCCGAUCAACGUGGAAGUGACAAGCUACGAGCCGGAAAUAGUUGGACUGCAGCUGUGCAUGAAGACGAUCGGCAUGCAGUCGAACCCGAACGUACCGCGCACGGUUUCGCCCAUGCUCGACCUGGCGCAGGUAACGGACGCGUCGGACAAACUGCUGGCGCUGCUGUCCGAUGUGCUCGCCUACGUGGACGAUGUGUUGAACGCGAAGCAGCAGCCGGAAAAUACGGUGGGCCGUGCGUUGCUCGAUCUGAUCCACUCGGUGCCGAACAUGAGCGGCGAUCAAUUUGCGCAAAUGUUCAACUCGAACGUCAAGGAUUUGUUAAUGGUGGUCACGUUGUCUCAGCUAAUUAAAACCCAACUGCAAUUGAAUGAAAAGCUAACGUCACUCACAUCGUUCCUGAACUAAAAGUGCAGCAGAUCGGUACCGGAGCGUUGCGCUAGUGACUGGAACAAUUUCAUCCGACCACUAGCGGAAAAAAAGUACGGAAGGGUGUGCGCGACAAGUGUCCAAAAAGGAAAAAAGGAAAAGAUAACGAUAAAUUAUUCCAUAAUCGAGAAUCGUCUUACGGUAUUAAUAAAGACAGCAUUAUUAUGAUGCUGAGGAAUCGCCACAGAAA